GAGCGGGAGAUAGAGAGAUACCAAGAGUGUGAUGGUUUGCACUCCUAUCCAGACAGUUAGGCAGGGAGGGAGCGCAACAGAGAGUUGAUGAGAUGAGGAGUAUUCACACACCAGUCCAUAUGGAUGGAUGAGAGGAAAAAAAAGGGGACAAAGGGAGGAAAAGAAGAAUCCCACCAACAUCCCUGUCAGGACUAAUCUCUAUGGACAUGUUUUUUUUUUCUCUGCGGGACUCAGGAAGGGAAAGAACAUCUGUCAGUUGUGUGACCCGUGUAUGUUCAUCAAUAUUCAUUCCUAAUUCUUGGAUUACUGCUGGAAGGAGCAGAUGAUAAACCAGCAGUUGGUAUCAGUCGACCUAGAUUGUUGCAGAGCUGGAAGCAGAGGGGACAGCGUGGUGUAUGGACCAGCUCCGGAGCGUCUGUGUUUACCCUGCAUGGUGAGCUUUGCUGUGUUUUGAUGGGGCACUCUACUUAUUGGUUUGAUUUACAGCACUCCGCUGAGCGGCACGUAUGUGAAAGCGAAGAAAACUGAACGACAAUCAUCCCCAUUAAACAAAAAAACAAAUGCACGGGAUUAGAAACCAUUAUCAAUGUCAUUUCCUGAGUAACUUCAGUUUAUGUUGAAAGACUUUUAUUUAGAAACAUACUGUUGUGAUUUAAGUGAAACCUACUUGUAAUUGAUUUAAAUACUGUAUGCUCAGCCUUAAACUUGUAAUUCCAAGUAGAUGUUACUGUAAACAUAAUACUCUUGAACAGCCUCCUUGUACAGUGAUUAAAUUAAACAAUUAUAUUAUAUUCAGAACAGUGAGGCUUUGCCAAACGAGAAAUUUGAUAUGCAAAGUGCACUUAUAUUCCUACAGAAUUUAGUAUGCAAGCUCAAUCUCUUUUUCAUGGAACACAAGCAUGGUACUUAUUGCUCAUAUGUGCUGACAUUGUGGCUAAAGUAUGGCAUCCCUCUCUGAAACAACCUUGAAGAAUGACCGACAUGUUCCUCUGAAGAGAUUACAUGGAUCACGUAUACUGACACACGAGGAGGCAUCCCUGUCUUUAUGACAAGUUCCCCGAGGAUCACACUGCGCUAAAGCUCUAAGCAAGUCUGCCCUAUCAUGAAAAUUGUAUGACCAUUUCAUCACCACUGUGGCUGUACAACAGACAUAGAAUAAUUUACAACAGGCAUAUCCCCGUAAUAAUUUACACUAUACGCAACAAGAAUAGCAAAAUAUAACUACAGUUAAUCUUCAAUCUGAAAAUGGGUGGCUGAGAUGUAAAAUACCAGUUGCUUUCAUGCAGCCCUUUAAUAGUGCUACUGUUAUGUUAAUGCAAUAGCAAAGAUGUGAAGUGCAUCAGGCGAUGCACAGGAACAUGAUAAGACAUCAGAGGCUUGUUGCUAUGCUAAUGAGACUUUCCUUGUCGCCUCUCUACUUAGGAAAUGUUUAUUUUCACUAACGCAUCCCCCACACUUCCCUCUCCUACUCCUCCUACUCUCUCUCCCUAUCUCUAUUGCCCAUUACCCUUUCCUUUCUCUCUCUUCAGGUCACCGUGUAAGAAAGAUUUGGGAUUGAAGAACAGACGGAUGAUGUAGUAUACAGGUCCCGCCGCCUUAAGUCUGAUUCUUGUGCAGCAUCUUUGUGUAAAUCUACAUGGCAGGCUCUCUGUCUGAUGAACUCACUGCCACUUCCUCAUGAGGAUGACCUUCUACUGAAAUCGCUGUAUCAACCCCCCUCCCAUGCAUGUAAAAAUACUGCUGAUCACAAAUGUCAUGGUGAUCACACGUUAUGGUGAUUGGACAUACAUGCACUGUAAUAAUCUGCUCGACUCACGCAAUCUCCAGUGAUUGAGGGUUCAAAAUGUCGAGGGGCAAACUGGAGACCUGUGCUCGAUUUACAAGUCAAUGGCUGCUGGAGCCAGGCAUUCAGAGACUGAUGAGAAAGGUGGACAGUGAAGGCCUGUUCCAUUAGUGCUCCCAGGGGAGGCAUGGGCCUGGAUGCUGCCCGGAUGCACUGACCUCUCCUGGACAGAUUCUGGACAUUACUAUGGUGUGCACUGGGGAAUCUAUGGCUGACUGACAAACUCUGUCACUUGGAAUACAAGCUAAUGGAUGUAACAUUUUUUUUAGAUUUACAGAUCUAACUACUAUCUUCUCACUGGGGACAAAAAAGCAAAAAGCAAGGAUUUGGAUCAUACUAUGAGCAGUGCAUUCCAGCCUUGUGCAAAGGAAAGAGUCUGUGUUUCUUUUGUUUUCUUGGUUGGCGGUGUCCCUCUUGCCUGGGAAUAUCAUGAGAUUAUAAACAGGAGGUGGCUCCGACAUCUUAUCCCUGUUCCACUCAUCAGUCAAUGCUCCCACCAUAACCAAAGUAAACGGACCAGUCUGAAAAAAAGUCUGUAAAGGACAUUAGACUAUAUUCUCUCACCUCCACUGGAUGCAGUUGGCUGAUUCCCUAGCUUUCUUGCCACCGAGGUCAGGAAGAAAGAGCUGGCAGCCCAUAGACAGUCUUUGGUGAGACGGACAGGUGCAUUUCUGGCUGUCAGCCUGUCCGGGAGGGAAUAGCAGUGAAAGGAAAAGCCUCACAGGGGUGGCUCUGCUGAAGCGGAAACACUUUUCCACUGGCUAUGUUUGGAUGUGAUGCUCGUCUCUGUGGAUCUAACAUGGACUCUAUGGCCUGAUUACACAGCCCCGGUACUCAGAUAGUGCUGGAGGGAAGGGAUAAUGCAUAUCCUUCCCUGCCUGAAAGAAGAAGCCACCAUGAGCAACGUCACGGUCACCGACAACACAGAACCCAUCACCCGCACCAUGAGUCCUGCAACACCCAGUCCGUAUCCCUAUCCCAUUAGUUUCCAGGUCUCCUUAACUGGCUUUCUCAUGCUGGAAAUCCUCCUGGGCCUGAGCUCCAACCUCACCGUGCUUGCCCUCUACUGUAUGAAGUCAAACCUCAUUAGCUCUGUCAGUAACAUUGUCACUAUGAACCUCCAUGUGUUGGAUGUGCUGGUCUGUGUGUGCUGUAUCCCGCUCACCAUUGUGGUGGUACUGCUCUCUCUGGAGGGAGACACUGCCCUCGUCUGCUGCUUUCAUGAGGCCUGUGUCUCCUUUGCUAGUGUUGCCACAGCUGCUAAUGUGCUCGCCAUCACCCUUGAUCGCUAUGACAUCUCAGUCAAACCAGCCAACCGGGUUCUGACCAUGGGCCGUGCCCUUGCCCUGCUGGCUGCCAUUUGGGUGCUGUCCUUUGUUAGUUUUCUGGUUCCCUUUAUUGAGGUGGGCUUCUUUGCCCAGGGCCAUGCUGAGCUCAACCAGACAGUAGUGGAGAACGUGGUCCACACUAACCAGUACUACACAGAACUUGGCCUCUAUUACCACUUGCUGGCUCAGAUUCCCAUUUUCUUCUUUACUGCUGUUGUCAUGCUCAUUACCUACUCGAAGAUCCUGCAGGCACUCAAUAUUCGUAUAGGUACACGUUUCCACGCCUCACAGAAGAAGAAGGCCCGCAGAAAAAAGCGUCCAUCCAUGACAGCCAUGACAACGCAGCAAGAGGCCACAGAUGGAUCCCAGAGCAGCGGCAGCCGAAACCCCACACUGGGCAUGCGUACCUCUGUCUCUGUCAUCAUUGCCUUGCGCAGAGCUGUGAAGCGCCAUCGCGAGAGGCGAGAGCGCCAAAAAAGGGUUUUCAGGAUGUCUCUCCUGAUUGUGUCUACCUUCCUGCUGUGCUGGACGCCCAUCACAGUACUCAACACAGUCAUCCUCAGUGUGGGCCCAAGUGACCUGAUGGUCAAGUUGAGACUGGGCUUUCUGGUCAUGGCAUAUGGGACCACUAUCUUUCACCCUCUGCUCUAUGCCUUCACUAGGCAGAAGUUCCAGAAAGUCCUGAAAAGCAAGAUGAAGAAGAGAGUGGUGUCGAUCAUUGAGGCAGAUCCUACUCCUAAUAAUGCCAUUAUCCACAACUCCUGGAUCGACCCAAAGAGGAACAAAAAGGUGACAUUUGAGGACAAAGACGCCAGACAGAAAUGUCUGUCCUCUGAGGAUGUGGAGUGAUGGAACUCAUAUCUUUUGGAUAUAAAGGCAAUAAAAGCAGCUAAAACUGACAUCAGGUCAUGAUGAAAAAGGGAAAAUGUUAAUCCAAAGCAGUUAUGUAAAUCAUAUGUGCAAUAGAAUGUACAAAAACAAGAGGUGGAUAAUUUAUUACUAUUUAUUGAGAACAAAAGUAGGUUUCAUAGAUAUACCAUAUACUGUACUGUAGAUAUUGCAUGGCUUUUUGUAAUGGUAGCAACAUACAGUACAUUGUGUACAUAAUGAAUACAUGUACAGUAUAGGGGAAACAAGGUAUAUAUAUAAAUAUAUAGAGAUGAGAAAUAGGAAUUGUUAUGUAAAUGUAUAUUUAUAAUAAAUUUUGUGUUCACUCACCUAACGCAGCAAAAGGUUUCCUAUUCCCCCUCCCCCAAGUAAAGUGUUUGUGAUUCUGUAACAGCUGUGAGAUUACUCCCAUUCAUCACCAUGCCACUUGCUCUGACACCAGACCCUGCAUUCCCCAGUGACCACUGACCUUAUUGCCUGGAAGCCCUCUGAGGGGAGGCCCGCAGACUGAAAUGA